AUGUACCCUCUUCUGCAAAGAUGUCAACUGUAUGUGUUUCUUGAAUAGCAAUUACAUCAAUACCCUUUUGUCUGCAUAUUCUUCCUAACAAUUCUUUAGAGGAAAAAAGAAACUAAACAGCAGAAUAAGAGACAUAGACGGAAACUUGAUACUGGACAACGACAAAAUAACAACAAGAUGGAAAAAAUAUCUUGAAGCUCUAUACCAGGAAGGAGAAGCAGCUAAUCUUAAUAAUAAUAACAAUCCAGAUAUGCAAGGAGAAGUAAUCUUAAGAGGCGAGUUCAACAGUACUUUAAAAUUAAUGAAAACAGGUAAAGCAGCCGGUACAGAUGACAUAGCUAUGGAACUUAUUUAAAAUGCGAGUACAGAAUUACAAGACGAGCUAUUCAAAUUAGUGAAUGAUAUAUACACUACAGGAGAGAUCCCAAAAGACUUCAAGGAAAGCAUUAUAAUACCUAUACCUAAAAAAGCAACGGCAGAUAAAUGCAAUGAAUUUAGAACAAUAAGUUUAAUGGCACACGCAGCCAAAAUCCUAGUAAAGAUAAUAUGCACCCGAAUUGAGAGCAUAGUAGAAAAAGAGUUAGGCGACGACCAAUUCAGGUUCAGAAGGAACAAAGGUACUAGAGAGGCAAUCUUAAGCUUAAGAUUAUUGAUAGAAAAACAAAUAGAAUUUAAUAAAGACACAUUUAUAGCGUUUAUAGAUUUGGAAAAAGCUUUCGAUAAGGUACCAUGGAAAGGUCUAUUCUAUACUUUAGAAGGAAUAGGAGCUGACUACAAAGAUAGAAGGAUAAUAUAUAAUUUAUACAAAGACCAAUCAGCUAUAAUAAAAGUUACAGACAAAACAGAGACGGCGAUAAUUAGGAGAAUCCACUCUCGCCAGCUUUAUUUAAUAUUGACGUCGAACAGCCUAUCAAAGAAAUUAGAGAAACACUUCUCAGAAAUAAAAUAG